GACGCAUGCGCACUCGCCUCUUGACGUUGGGCUCGCAAACAUUUUUUUCUCAACUCGGAGAAACAUCAUCGCUUGAUAUUUACGAGGAUUAUUUCGGUGAUAACAGGCUCGAUGCUUCGUAGGCAAGUGUGAAGUCGGGGGCAAUGCGGUGACGUCAUCAUCGGACGAUAUCGUUCCGCGGGGAAGACGCUGUGUGGGAACCAAUAAUGGCGGAUCUAUACGCCAAAUACAACUGUACGUAUUGCCAGGAAGACAUAACGGGUCUCCGUGUCAAAUGCGUCGAAUGCCAAGACUUCGAUCUAUGCCUCCAGUGUUUCUCAGCUGGUGCAGAAAUUGGUCAACACAGAAAUGACCAUCCUUAUCAAUUUAUGGAUUCAGGUACCAUAAGUAUAUUCAAUGGAAGAGGAAAUUGGACUGCUAGGGAACAUGUCCGGUUACUUGACGCGAUUGAACAAUUUGGCUUUGGCAAUUGGGAGGAUAUCAGUAAACAUAUCGAAGAAAGAACGCCCGAAGAAGCAAAAGAGGAAUACAUUGUCAGGUAUUUGGAUGGAAAUAUUGGCAAACACACAUGGCCUCCGAUCGACAGCUAUAAACCAAAUCUUGUGGAUCAGACCACCUCCGAUCAUGGUCCGCUUUCCCCUGAUCUCAUAUCGAGGUUACCUCCUCUGGAUGUUUCACCGGAGGAAGCUGCUGAACUAGGUUACAUGCCACAACGGGACGACUUCGAAAGGGAUUACAACCACGAGGCAGAGUCACUAGUAUCCUCCCUAUUCCUUAAUCCUGCCGAGGACGAUGACUUGGAUAUAGCGUUGAAACUCGCACAAGUUGACAUGUAUACAAACAAUUUACGUGAAAGAGCGAGGAGAAAACGAGUUAUCCGAGAUUAUCAACUUGUAUCACACUUUUUUGCGUCGUCGCGAAAGGAAAAAGGAAUCAAAAAGAAACAAACUAAAGAGGAAAAAGAUUUUCGGGAGCGAAUGCGCGUCUUUGCCCAGUUCUACACAGCCCAGGAAUAUGAACAAUUUCUCGUAAAUCUCGAGAGGGAACGCGAGCUUAGAUUACGAUUAUCCGAACUUUAUCGUUAUCGCGAGAAUGGAAUAACGAGGCACGAGGAAUGUGCACAUUUCGAACAAGUUAUGGUGCAAACGCAGGGUCAAAAUGAAGGAGUCGAUCACUGGUCGGAAAAAAAAUCUGGCAGCAGUGGGCCGUCCACGCCAAUACACCGCCACACCUCAAAAAGAAGAGAAGAAGAAAAAAGUUACUAUUCCACAGACCGAAAGUACACUGCAAAGGUAGAAUCGGUCAGCAGCACAUCCACAGUCAAUCAAGCCAAUCACAAUCGGACGAUUCAAGCUAAUCAGUCUGUCGAAACGGAAAACAAUACGAAUCCCAUCAAUCAACACUCGACUGUGCAUAAAAAUAAUAAUAACAACAAUAACAACAAUGGGGCUACUUCAUCAACGAGGAUAAACGCUACGUUGGGAGAUGUGGAAAAGAGGGACAUUGAUGUCGAAGCUGCCUCGCAUCUGCUCAGCAAGCAAGAAAAAUCUUUGUGCCUGCAGCUCGAUCUUAAACCGACCCAGUAUUUGACGCAAAAAACGCUUCUCUUACAAGAAUACCUGAACGGUAAUAAAAAAGCCAGCAUCGUACCUCAGUCAGAACCAGAAAUAAGGAUUCUUCAUUACCUCGUAGCCAACGGACUCAUCACAGCCAACUGAUCGCCUUCUUCUCCUUUGUCGAUUUACGAUCUCCUUCAAGCUCUCUUCUCAUCUCGUAUCGAUAGCUCUAAUCUUUUGCACAUACACCCGCAGCCAAACAUUUGUUAUUGUUCGAAUUUUGGUGUUGGGCGAUUCGACGAAAAAAUGUUGGCCACAGGGCAUUCAUUUUUCAUUUAUUAUGACCCAGAAAAGUUGGUGGCGAAUUUCUCAAACAAAACAUCGAAAAUCCUUUCAUUUACAUUUGUUGAAAAGUCGAACAACGAAACUUACAAUCAUCGAGGAAGUGCCCAACGUCGGAUGAUGAGUUGAUAGGUUUCUUGUGGAUAAAUUUUAGCUCGUUAAUGUUCUUAACAAGUUCUGUCGAAUCGCUCAAUGCUAAAAUUCAUUACGAAAAACUUGUUUACCAACACGUCCGAGGAAUGUUCCGAAAGGAUCAAGUUUUUCAAACAAAUUUUCGGUGUAACGGAGAGAUCUAAAGAAAAGAAAAAGAAAGAGCCUGACUCGUAUUUUGUGUAGAGAACGAGUAACGCGAGAGAAGAGGCAACGAUUGUGUCUGGAAUGCGGAAUAAAUAGUAUUGUUUCUCCGUUUUAAAACCCCGUGCAAAUUCUUAGCACGUUCCAUCUUCCGUACGAUUGGAAUUUUCCGGUUUGCAAAAAUGUCAAUGCGCCUAUCAUAGCUACUGAACAGAAAAGGUGCAAAGAUAUUCUUUCUCCUUCUCGUUCUCGAUUCUAACGCCUUAACGCAUUGCUCAAUACAAUCUUCCAUUUAAGUUUUCAUCGUGUAAAAUUCAUUCAUAUUAUUGUGAAAACGUCGCGUAGAUUAUUUUCAGUUUUUUUUUUUUUUCAUCGUAUAGAGUUGAUCGUACGAUUGGCCGAAAUAGCUUCAUCGCCUUUAACGUCUCCCAAUUGAAAUCCGUCUGUAUCUUCCAUAGAUUAAACAGAAAAUUGAAUAAUUUUCAUGUUCAAACUUGCAUCGUUGGAAUGCAAUGGGAAAUUUUUCUAUUCAUUUUUAAUCUGACAGCUUUUUAUUUGCCUUUAUUUUUUGUAGAUUCGGACCCCGAAGAAACAAUUUCGAAACGAGCGGGUUCGCCGAAUUUGUAGAAUAAGUAAAAAUUUGCACAAUUACGGAUAAAAAAAAAACAAAAUUUCUGUUGCGUUGAACCAUACAAGUUUAAUCAUUGACAAUCGUGAUAAAAUAUACCCGAAACGCUAAAAUUCCACCGGACCAGUUGAAUUUUAAAAAAGGCGUGAUCACGCAGGUGAAAUGGUGAUGGGGAUUCGGAAACAGAGAGUCGACAAAAAUUUAUACAAUAGUAAAAUAUUCAACGAAGUGCAACCAUUUCUAUAAAUUUCGUCUUACAAAUACAUUCUUCACUCCAAUAUUGAACUAAUUCUGACCACGUCACUAUCUCACCAUCUUCUUUAUAGAUGAAUUGAUAAAGGAAAUUCCUUCGAUUUUCGGUAACUGAUAAUUCGCGUGAAAAUAAUUAUAACCGGGAGAUUAAACUUUUGAAAUAAUAUUUGUCCUGCGCCUGCGAAACUGGCUUUUCGAGAGAUCGAACAAGUCGAAAAUUUACUAUUGAAAUAGCCUUGAAACGUUUCUGUGAACGAUUAUUGAAAACUAUUAGGGAUAAAAUGUUUGAAAUAUCUUUUGCAAACUACUUCACAUUUUGACCAUUCGUGGUGUCGAAAUUUGCGUUGUUGGAAAGCGACUUGCUGUGUUUUCGAUUGCUGAAGAAAUUGGCCAUCUCUUUUGUUUUAUCUUUUCUAAAAUUUAACGAACGAAGUGAGCAAAGAAAAAAAAUUUCAUUAAUCAUAUACAGAAAAACGACGUAAUGAUUUUUCGUUGCAAUUCAACAAUGCGAACUUCAAUGCCACCAAUUACCGCCGCACAGGCAUUUAUCGACUCAGUGGAAAAAAAAAAAAAAAAAAAACACAAUUCUCACUGGCAUUGCAUGCAAAUGAAAUUAGAGAAGAAGGAAAACACGUUCGACUCACGUGUCGAAGUGUCGAUUGCCGAAAAAAGGCGAAUCUCUAUUUUUUCACCAAAUCCUUAGAAGCAGCAUGUAUAAAAGAAAAAUAUAAAUCGAUUCUCGAUCCUUAACGUCUUCAAAAUAACUUGAGACUUCGAACUAGACGAAAAUAAAUAUUUACGAAUAGAAAUUGUAAUUCGUAUUAAAAAAGUAAAUGAAUGAAGAAGAGAAAUGCAGCGGCUGGCGCUUGAUCAUGAGACUUUGAGGAUUAGUUUGACGAAAUUGGAGUAUAAAAGAUGCAAAAAAUGAAAACUCUCAAAGCCUACUGGUUGUGUAAAUAUUUAUACAUAAUAUUGUGAGAUAAUAUUUAAGUAGUUUAACGAUAAAAUUUAGCUGAAAUUUUAAUCAAGGAUUCAAUUAGUAUUAUGUUGAACGAUCGAAAGUAAAUUCUUUUUUGUUAUUCGCAAUAAAAGACAGAAAAGAAGCAAAAGAACAAAAAAACGUAAUGAAACAUAAUAUAAAUCAAAUUUUCUUCACGUUUAUACAUCGUGAAAGAAGAGAAUGUAAUAAGAUCACUCGACGAUGAAGAUGAAAGACGAGACGAUUUGUUUGUUUGGUUUUUUUUGCACAAUGUACAUAAUAAUUUUCCUUGGAGAAAACGCUUCUUUCAUUUCUUUUAAAUAUGUGAAUAAAAUACAUAGACGAAGAAGAAAAGAAAAAUGAGAGCGAGUGAUAACUUGAAAUAUUUGGGAUCUUCGCGUAUAAUAUAAUUCAUAAUGGCAAAACUUUUAGAUAAAAUCUUUUUCUCGUUUCACUCAUCACGAAUGAUCGCUUUUGUUUUUUCUUCCUUUUUCUCAUGGGACGUAGGUACCUGAUAAUACGCGAGUUUAUAGCAAGUGGAACAAAGAAGAAUACGUUUUAGGGCGAUAAAUAAAAUUAAUUAUAAAAUUGUGAACCACGAUCACGAAAGGAUCGAUAAUUUCUGUGCUUGAAAACCAAGUAUUUAUGUCGCGAAGAUAUUGUACCAAGAACACGAGAUCGUAUGUCUCGCCUUAGUGAAGUUUGGAGUGAAAUUUGAAAUUUUUAUUCGUCUCUAUCGAAUAUUAAUCAUGAUUCUCCAGCAAAUAAACGAGUCUCCACGACUUUUUCAAUCUCGAUAUUUGUCGAUGUAACACACGUCAGAUUUUUCUUUCGAUUCCAGGGCUCUCAUCGAGCAUCGAAUGGAAAGAAAUGAUGAAAAAAUAUGAAAAGUUCGUACGCCUCGAGCGUACGUACAAUAAAUUACAUUCUGUCUCGCUCA